GUGCUCUUGCUCUCUUCUUCAUCUAUAGCAUUAGCAGCCACACACUCUCUUCAACACAUGGUGAUGCCACUCUGAAAAAUACUCUUUCUUCCCCUCCUUGUUUUGUUUUCUGGGGUUCUGGUAUUAGUUUUGUACCAACCCCAUCAUUUAUCUUCUGCCAAAUUAGUCUUUGCUUCAACCCCAAAUGGAUGAAGAAAGAAACUUUGCACUUACCCAGAUGAGGAAAUCUGUUGAGAAGCUUGGUUCUUCUGCGGAGGGGUAUGGAGACCAUACACUGAUGAGGUUCUUGAUUGCUCGAUCAAUGGAGCAUGAUAAAGCAGCAAAGAUGUUUGUUCAAUGGCAGAAGUGGAGGGCUACUAUGGUGCCUAAUGGUUUCAUUUCAGAUUCUGAAGUCCCAGAUGAAUUGGAAACUAGAAAGAUCUUUUUGCAGGGUUUGUCUCAGAAUAAAUACCCUGUGUUGAUUGUCCUAGCAUGCAGACAUUUUCCUUCCAAGGAUCAGAUUCAAUUCAAGAAAUUCAUUGUACAUCUACUGGACAAGACAAUUGCGAGUGCUUUCAAAGGAAGGGAGAUAGGAAAUGAAAAGUUGAUUGGGGUUCUUGAUCUGCAGAAUAUUGCGUAUAAAAAUGUUGAUGCACGUGGGUUAAUCACUGGAUUUCAAUUUUUACAGGCUUACUACCCUGAACGUUUGGCAAAGUGCUAUCUUUUACACAUGCCAUGGUUUUUUGUGAGUGUUUGGAGACUAGUUUCUCGCUUCCUAGAGAAGGCAACACUAGAAAAGAUAGUAAUUGUAAGCAAUGAGGAUGAGAGAAGGGAGUUUAUUAGAGAGGUUGGUGAAGAUGUUCUCCCAGAAGAGUAUGGUGGAAGAGCAAAGCUUGUAGCUAUUCAAGAUGUUGAAUUGACAUCAUUGGUAAAUGGAACAACAAGUUGAUCAAGGUGGAUUUACUUAGGAGGCUCUUAGACGGUAUCUGAUGCUUAUAGUCUAACCCUGCCAUCUAUCAGAACAUACCUUCCUGGAAACGUGUUUAAUAAAAGCUAAUCUUGUGAAAGAAACAAAUUCAUAAUGCAUCUCGUUAUGUAUUAAUGUUUACAUCCCCUAUUCCUUAUAUGCUUAAUUAACGUUUCUGGUGCAUAAUAUUUUCAUUCAA